GCGACGCGGCUGCUGGCGGCGGCGGCGGCUCGCGGAGCCCGCCCAUCACUGAAGGAAGUUUCCUCGACCUUCAUGAGUUUGGCGAAAAUGUCGUCCCGCGUGACCCUGGCAAAGUCCCGGGGGGAGAGGUCGCGCCCUCCCACGGUGCCCAUCCCCCAGGUCGACAUUGUCCCGGGGCGCUUGACGGAAGGAGACUGGUUCUCCCUGCUGGGCUUUGAGGAAGCCGAAGAUCAUGUGGGGGACAUCCUGGCGGGGCUGAUGGAUCAGGUUCUGGAUGCGUGCUUCAAGGUCUAUUUGGAGCGGCAGUGCAUCCCCUACGUCAUCACCCAGGCCCGGGACGCCAUGCUGCAGAUCAUCGAGUGGCGCUUCCUGGUGCGAGACGAGGGCGAGGCCGGGGUGCCCAUAGAGCCCACCUGGCAGGAGGACGAGGAGCCUGUUGCCGGCAUCACCGACUCCUGGGCCCAGGGCUCUGUGCCUGUGCUGCAAGCCAUGCCACGCCCGGAGGAGCCAGAGGUUCCCGGACCCCCAGAGGAAGUUCCUCAACUCCCGGAGGAGUCCCCCGUUGCCAGAGAGGAGUCCGCAGGGCCCUCCGAUAUCGGUGGUCAGGGCUUCCCCCUGGGGACCGCCAGGUGGGAGGCAGAGAAGCUGGCCCAGGAGUCCUUGAAGGAGGUGCGGCCCACCAGGUCCCGCAGCAGCAAGGCGGUGCUGAAGUCGGGAAUCGAGCUGCCCCGCCUGGUGUCCAUCGCCCCCCUGCCGUCCCCCAUGCCGUCCUGCAAGAGCAGGCUGGGCCCCCAGGCCUACUACGGGCCCCUGCAGGCGUCCCGGCUGAGCGACAUCGUGAAGCCGCUGGCCGGCUCACAGAAGGAGAUGCUCCUGCGCCAGCUCUCCCAGAUGCCCAUGGAGGAGGCCUCGCACCCAUGCCUCCUGCCGCUCUCCUGCAGCAACCUGCUGCGGAUCCAGCUGGGCCGCCCACCCACCACCCGGGACGUUUUCUACGACCAGGCGGGCAACAUCACCACAGCGCCACGCCUGGAGCCGGCCAGCCUGCCCAAGCGCUGGGUCAAGCCCUCGGCCGAGGUGGUGGAUCCAGACAUGGAGUCCCAGCAGCAGGAGGCCCUGAAGACCGUCUCGGGGCGCAGAGCCCCCAAGCUCCCCAGGGGCCCGGCCGAGCCAGGCAGCGCCCAUGGCGAAGGGCUGGUGGCCGUGCGGAGGAGCCUGCUGGGCAAAGCCGGACAACCAGCCAGCUCGGCUGGGAGGGUCCUGCAGCCCACCAGCUUCGUUUUCGUCAAGCCCAACUUGCUGACCGAGACGGUGCAGCUGGCCACGGGGGUGACCCUCCGGUGCGUGGGUGGCGUCCGGGAGAAGGUCGCUCCCCGUGGGCACCAGGAGGAAGCCAAGGAGGGGCUGGGGAGCCUCCACCCCAUGUGCCUUCAGGUGCCGUCCCCCAGCCGACAGCACAUCCUCCAGCAGCCCAAGCCCCUGCCCCGCCUGCGCCCUGGAGCUGCCCUCUGAUCAGCACGGCCCUGCCCUUCCUGACCCCCCCUUCCAUUGCACCCCUUUGAACUCCUUGUAACUUAAUAAACGGAGAGGUUUUUGGAGCCUGGUUUCUCUUGUUGUC